AAAGCUUCUCGGUGAACGGAAAGUUCAAUGCAAGCUUCUGCUUCUCCACUUCGAGUUCUGACUUACACACGGCUGGAGCACGCUCAUCUCGGCUGCCGUCGGCGUAGUCGUCGUUGUCGUUGUCGGUUGCUGCUGUCCACAGGGUUGAGCUGGUUUUGAAUCAUCAUUAGACUUCAUUAGACAAGACUCAUCGAAUGCAUCUGGGGUGCCUUUCUUUGUGCCGAACUGUGCAAAUUGGUUAAACUGCUCUCAACAGUGCUGGUUGUAACAUUUAGGAAGUUAUUUGCAGCAGAUAUCGAAUGUGAAAGUAAAAAGCGCGAAGAAGAAAAAGGGUGACAGUGGAAGUUACGUUCAGAGUUUCCCUUGAGCGCGAAGUGAUUUCAAGGAUAUAUCGCAGAUUUCAUUCUAAUGUGCCUUACAGUGUGAAUAAAGAGCGAUUGCUUGAAGAGUGUGCAGCUGUAACAGAAUAAAGAGCAUUACGUCGCCUCUGGUUUUAAAGUGAAUAAACAGUGCGGCGCAUUUCGCUUCUACCAACUGUUGGAUAUACACGAUUGAGGGCAGAUUUUUCCAAGUGGAUUAGCCGUUUUUCACCGUAUUCAAUAUGCAUCGGCGCAGAACGUUCGAGAUGAACUGAGCUGCAGUCGGUUAGAAUGGGUUGAACGGAAAACAACAAUCUCUCUUCCAUUCUGCGUGUGUCGGUGUAUACCAUUUAGCUUUGCGGAAUCGGAAGCCCCAAAUAAAACAUCACAAUGCCGACUGUCGUAUCAAAGUUCGCCAAGAGGUCCUUCGACAAGCUCGAGGAGCUGGGCUAUUCCAAAGAGCUGGUCUCUCGAGGAUUGAUUGGCACAGCCCUUCUCGCCUACGGUUUGAAGCUGUCCUACCCAUACAUCAAACAACAUCUAGAACGUAGUCAAAGUACAACAAACGAAAAUAAAUGUGAUAGUGGUCUUAGUAGAAAUGAAAACAACAACCUCACCAAGGCAAUCAUCGAAGAUCCCGAAGAAAAGAUCGAGAAAAUAAUCAUCGAGAAGAAACGAAGACGGAAAAAAUUGCCUGGCCUUAACCUAGAGUUCAUUCUCCAGCUGAAAAAGUUGAUCCAAAUAAUGGUGCCGCGUAUAUUAUGCGAAGAAACGGCUCUGCUGGCCGUUCACACCACGUGCCUUAUAUCGCGAACCUUCCUGAGUAUUUAUGUGGCCGCGAUGGAAGGCGCCAUAGUCAAGUACAUCGUGAGAAAAGAUGUGAAAAAUUUCGUGCUUAUGCUGCUGAAAUGGUUUGGUAUAGCGAUACCAGCCACGUUCAUCAACUCGAUGAUUCGUUAUCUGGAGAACAAAUUAGCGCUGGCGUUUAGAACUCGGCUAGUGAACCAUGCCUACGAUAUGUACUUCAAGAACCAAACUUACUACAAAGUUUCGAAUCUGGACGGCCGGAUCGAGAACGCUGAUCAUCGAUUAACCGACGACAUUUCGACCUUCUCGAGUUCGGUCGCUCACUUGUACAGCCACCUGACGAAACCAUGCUUCGAUCUGAUGUUGAUUGGAAUUGCUAUGGCACGUUCGUCGCGAAAAAUGAAAGCCAACAUUGUGAUGGGACCGGCGUUGGCAACAAUUGUGAUUGGAACGACGGCUCACAUUCUGCGUAUAGUGUCACCCAAAUUCGGUCAGCUCGUAUCGGAGGAGGCUAAUCGUAACGGAUACCUGCGUCAUGUGCAUUCCAAGAUAAUCACGAACGCCGAGGAGAUCGCCUUCUACGGGGGUCACAAGGUGGAACACGCUCAACUACAGGAUGCGUACUCGAGGCUGGUGAAUCAAAUGAACAACAUAUUUACGCAGAAGCUUUGGUUCAUUAUGCUGGAGCAGUUCUUUAUGAAAUAUGUCUGGUCUGGUACCGGAAUGGUGAUGGUUUCGCUGCCAAUUUUAACCGUCAACAGUCUUCCAGGCGGAAAAACCCGUAAGAACAAGGGUGACCCAGAGUUUGGAGUUAGCGAACGGACGCAGUACUUUACAACGGCGAGGAAUUUGUUGCUCAGUGGAGCUGAUGCUGUUGAGCGUCUUAUGUCAUCGUACAAAGAAAUUGUAGCCCUGGCUGGCUAUACGAGUCGUGUCGCUGGAAUGUUUGAAGUCUUUGACGAAGUUUCACAAGGAAUAUACCAGAAGACGGUGGUAUCUGCGGAGCGAAACGAUGGAGGAAUUUUAGAAUUUAAAAAUGGACAACCAGUUGCCAAAGGAACGAUCGUGUGUAGCGAUAAUGAAAACGAUAUGUCGAUUUCGUUAGAAAAUGUGCCUGUAGUAACACCAAAUUGCGACAUCGUUGUAUCUAGUUUGACUUUGACAAUUGCACCAGGAAUGCAUUUACUGAUUACGGGACCAAAUGGGUGUGGUAAGUCUAGCUUGUUCCGCAUCCUUAGUGGUUUAUGGCCCAUCUACGGAGGAACGCUGCGUAUUCCUAAGCGUUCGCAGGGUAAACCGUGUAUGUUCUAUAUCCCACAACGACCGUACAUGUCGUGCGGUAGUUUACGAGAUCAAAUAAUCUAUCCCGAUACGCGGAAGGAAAUGUUGAGCAAAAACAUCACCGAGUGUCAGUUGAGAGAAAUCAUGAAAUUGGUGGCACUUGAGCAUAUAAUUGACAGGGAUAGCUUUGAUGAGAUCAGAGAUUGGAAGGAUACUCUCUCUGGCGGUGAAAAACAACGAAUGGCCAUGGCUAGGCUGUUCUAUCACAAGCCACACUAUGCCUUACUGGAUGAGUGCACCAGUGCAGUGUCCAUCGAUGUCGAAAGCUCCAUCUACGAAACUGCAAUAUCUAUGGGAAUUACUCUCCUCACUAUUACACAUCGACCAACUUUAUGGAAAUUCCACACCCACAUCUUGGAGUUUGAUGGCCAGGGUGGAUGGGUUUUCGAGGCCCUUGCCAAGGAUGCACAGCAGAAGGUUCCUAUUUCAAAGCAAAGCUUGUUUCACAACCAUAAACCUUUCACGGACGCACCGGAGAUGACACCCUCGGCUGUAUCCGCUUAAACUCCUUCUCUUGUGCAAUCCACAAUGGUUCAUCACGUCUUAUCGAGAUUAUCGAAGUUUAAACUAUCUGUGACAGUUGUAGUAAAAUUUGUUGAGGGUUGGGACACGUUUUAUUACAAAGCGUUAGGGAAAUUUUAGGUACUUAUAGUACGCAAAGUUGUGAGCAUAAAAAUCAACUCUAAAGGAUAUCGAAUUUAAAAGUUUUUAAUUUUCAAUUUUAACGUACUUCAAACACAACUCUCUUGUCUGUUCAAGCUAUUGAAAAUUCAUCACACUAUUUCUGUGAUUUAAAAGUUGAUGCUUUUUUAAACUUUUAGUAAUUGUUUCUGAACAUAAUUCUUCGGAAGUAGUUUGCAGCAUGGAUUUUAUCCCAAAAAUAAAGGUUAAUUGACUUUACAGA